AUGACACGCGAUAUAGACGACGGACCCUUGGCGGACGGGGCAUCGGCAAACGUGCAACUCACGACCAUCUCAGCCGCGAAACUCCUUGGCAAUGACCCACAGACCCAGAAAGAUCUCCUUGAGGCGUGUAAAGACCUAGGGUUCUUCUAUCUGGACUGUCGAGACCAUCCAUCUAGCCCCGUCCUGUCUCUGGUUGCAGAGAUGGCCUCCACGGCACUGGACUUCUACGACCUUCCGGAGUCGAUCAAGGAAAACUAUAAGCCGGCUGGGAAGCAGGAGGGUGCCGUGAAAGGGAAGAAGGACGGGUGGGAGGGGAUUAUUCUGAUGGAGCACCCGCUGGCUCAGAUCCCCCCCGAAGACCCCAUGCCCGGGCCUCCAGUCAUACAGAAUGCGAGGGGUCUCAUCGAGGCCACCCAGGACCAGCUGGGAGAGAUGAGCCGAGCCAUCGUCGACAGCCUCUCCCGAUCCCUCCACAUGACUGGGGACCAGAGCCUGGGCCGUCACCACCGCAAAGGCUGCCCGGCGCCCACCGACCUGGAGAUCCUGAAAUACCUCCCGUACGUCCCAGGUAGUGAGAAAGUCGGACACAUCCCCCACACCGACCUAGGUAGUGUGUCGAUGGUCUUCUCCGAUGUCGGUGGUCUGCAAGUUUUCCACCCACUAAGAAAGGAAUGGAUGUUUGUGCCCCCUCGGCCGGGCCACGCCGUGUGCAAUCUGGGUGACGCGAUGGAGUUCCUUUCAGGGAAUGUUCUGCGCUCGUCGCUCCACCGUGUGAUCCCCUAUACGCAGGAUCCAGGCAAGAUCAAACUGUCAAUCAUCCACUUUUUGCGACCCAGCGAACACACCAAGAUUGUCUCUCCCGAUGGAAAGGAAUGGACGGUGGCCGAGUGGAACACGAUGAAGCACAAGUUACUCCACGAGGGCGGGGAGAUGCAGAAGAACUUGAGCAUCAUCACGAGACGCGAGGGCCAGGAUGACUUUUGGAGAGAACAAGCGGUGUAA